AUGCCUGAUUUUGAUUUUAAUAAUAAAAUAUCUAAAAAUUCAGAAUUGACUAAAAGUGAACACUAUCAGAUUAUUGGUUUUCACAAGGCUGAUUUUUUGAGAAAUGAUAUUAAUAAGACUUUAGGCUUUGCUAAAAUGAUAAUUACGCAGACAAUUCAAAAUUAUCAUGAUAGAAAAAGCACAAAAACUGUACCGAGAAAGAAAAGACUGGCAUUCAAGUUUCUGACUGCACUCUUAUAA